GUGACAAUCUAUGAAGGAAACAGAGCGCUCUGUGAGGUCUAGAAAUGCCCUCAUAGAAGCGAUAUCUAAAGAAUCAACGACACUGGCCGCCAGACUGGUGCAUGAGCUUGAAGUAAUACGAAAACGGCAUGAACAGGAGGAAGAGGAACUUCAACAGAGACAUCUGAAUGAGCUGCUUACAGUUUACAGCAGUUACAAUAAAAAAAUUCGACCACCUUACACCGACAAUUUGAUAGCAAGACAAGACAAGAAUACCUUAUCGGAGAAUAAACCUACUAUAGAGAAACAUGAGAAGGCAAGAGGGAGUGUUACUGAUAUAAACGCCACCUUUAAAAAGAGAAAGCGUGAUCAGAUUCUCUCAUUAGAUUUCCGCGAUGCGUCGAUAUCUCAAGCCGAAAUUGAUGAUGCCAUCCGUCAGCGCAAUCGAUUCCUCGAGCAGGCGGGAGCAGGACAAAAGGUUCCGCAUUAUUUAUACCAAUACAACGUUGCAGACCAGAGAGGCAGCUGGGGUUCUCUACCAAGCAUAAGUAGUGUAUUCCCAGACUACUUUGAUAGUAGAAAUUGA